AUGUAUGGUCCUUGGGAUCAUCAGAAUGACCAUACCACUUCUGAUGAAUUCUUAUUGCUGGCCGAGCCUGCUAAUUUGCGGAUCCAUGGAUGGAAAGUCAUCAAUGAUGGACAAGAUCUUGUCAUUAUGCUAUCCGCGUCAUCUGUCGCAGGAUGGAUUGGAUUUGGAUUUGGAGAAGCGGCAUCUGGGUCCAUGUUGGGAGCCGAUGUGGUCAUUGUCAUGCCCGAUGACAUUAACCUAGGAAAUGUAACCGCAACCGAUUAUUAUGUCCCCUGGGAAUCCUCUCCUUUGGAUAAAGGAACACCACCCUUUCCCGUACGAGAUUCACAGCAGGAUUGGGCCGUGUUGGCUGGUCAUUACAGUAGCGACACGGGCACUGUAGUGGUCUUACAGCGAAAGCUAGACACUGGAGACAAACAUCAAGAUCGCGUCGUGAAUCUAGACGAAAGGAUGAGCGUCAUCUUUGCGUUUGGUCAAGAAACAUACCUGAGUUAUCACGGACCCAAGCACCGUGGUACAACCAUGAUUCAAUUUGGAAAGGAAGACGAACAAGAUCCGUUUGCAGAUGCGGACUGGCAUCUCGACGUUACCAUGCCAAACGUUACCCUGGCCGAUGGGUGGGAUGACGUAUACGUGCACUACUCGAUGGAUCUUGGAGAACUCCAAGACGAUAUCAUGGGUUUCGACUUUGAUGCAGUGGCAACAAAGCCCAACUUUGUACACCAUUUCGUUGUCUACGGAUGUGACGAUGGCCCUACCAAUAGCGACUGGCUUGCAUAUCAAGAACCACAAACGUUUCUUGGUAUUCAGCCCGCGGUGCUCCACUGCAACUAUAUUUUCGGAUGGGCAUUGGGAGGAAAUGCCCUUGUGUUACCAGAAGAGGUAGGCCUGCGAAACGUCCGAUAUGUGGUCUUGCAAGGUCACUACAACCUCCCACCCAUAUGGACAAGCUAUACUACUGACGACGAGGAGGACAACCAAGAUGGCGCUGGCGCUGUGAAGCACGUCGGAGCCGGAAGUGUGGAUUCUAGCGGCUUUCGUGUUUACCUGACGAGUCAGCAAAGAGAGUUUUCCGCCGGCGUCUUGAUGAUAAGCAACAAAGAAGUCGGAGCAACCAUCCCGGCGGGUCAAGAUCUUGUUCACUAUCAGGCCACAUGCUCCUCGCAUUGUACCCGUAAGAACCCACAUCCUAUGCGCGUUCUCUUUGCUUUUUUGCACAUGCAUUCGCAUGGCCGUCAUAUCUGGGUUUCCCAUUACGACGCCGAUGGAAACUUCAAGGGUAUUAUCAGCAAAACAGAGUUUUGGAACUUUGAGUUCCAAAAGACGACAGCAGUAGAUGCCACCGUGGAACCGGGAGAUAUUCUUCGACUCCACUGCGUUUUUGACACUUCGAAACGCAAAGAUUUGGACGGGAUCUUGUGGGGAGAGAGAAGUGGUGAUGAAAUGUGCCUGGUAUCUCUGACCUACUACUCGCCAGACCCUCAAGUUGAACUUUGUGGCAGCGUACGUUUGUCUGCUCUUGGCGGCGACAACUUUUCCUAUUGCAACUACGACCCUGUGAUUCAUGGGACGACCCUGGAAGCCAAUGCUCCUACGUCGUCGGCUUCAUCCUGCGGUAUUGGUGGCUUUCCACUCGAGGUCGAGUUUGGAGCGACUCCAGCUCUCGAAUACUCCAGCGACACCAUUUCGCCUACAGAAUGUGACGACCCUAGCUCUUGCCCCCUCGUUGUUGCCAUUGUGUCCAGCUCGAUUAUCUGCAUUCUGCUUUUAAUCGCCUUUGUUGAUUUCAGGGGACGCCGUCGUCGCUCGUCUUCCAACUCGGAAGAGGCGUUGGUCAAAGGCGCUUCCGUUGAUACAGGUACUCGUACAGAUGAUCACGCAUCGACCCUCCUGAAUGGUUCGGACAGUGACGGAGAAAAUGUGUUCGUCCGUGAUGCGACGGACUAUGCGGCCUCUAACGGUUUUGAAAAAAGGUUCACCAUCGAGUGCUUCCGUACGCUGGCGGAAUCAAAACCCGACAGGCUGAUGUAUGCGUGGCUCGACGAAGAGGCCAACGUUGUGGAUUCGUACACGAGGAAGCAAUUAUGGGACAAGAGCAGGGAUCUUGCAUUUCUUUUGAAGACCAAGUACGGAGUUCAACCUGGUUGUCGUGUCAUGAUUGUCUAUCCCAUUGGUAUUGAAUUUUUGGUAGGACUUGUGGCAAUCAUCAGAGUUGGUGGAAUCGUCGUUUCAACGUACCCUCCGAAUCCAGCCAACUUGGACGUCGACGUUCCAAAGUUUGCUCAUUUUGUUCAAGAUUCUGGCGCAAAGGUUGCGCUGACGACGAAGAGGUAUCUGAGAAUCGUCCAGGCGUCUCGCCUCAUAAACAGAGACUGGCCUAAAGAAAUCGAUUGGGUCGCGACGGACAAGACUCUGCCUUCGGCACCUGCAGAGUUUGAAGAUUGGCAACCUACAGCCGACGAUGUUGCCUUGUUGCAGUAUACUUCGGGCAGUACCACCGACCCAAAAGGCGUCAUUAUAACCCACGGCAAUAUUCGCCACCAAAUAUCGUACCUCGAGAGAUGCCACCAUGUUUACGCAAGAACGUCGGCCAGGACGGACGCGGAAGACUUUGUCAACGUCUCAUGGACACCCGAGUUUCAUGAUAUGGGGUUGUUCGGAUCAUUCUUGAGUUUCCUGUCAACCGGCGGGACAUCAUACGCCAUGUCGCCACUAACGUUUCUUCAUCCUCUCAUUUGGGUAGAAGCGAUGCGCCGGUACAAGGCAACAUGCACCAACGGUCCCGAUUUUGGAUUCUCGUUGUGCUGCAAGCGCCUGAAAGAACGUAACGAGAAGAAUGGUCUACCUACCGGUACCCUGGAAAUGAAGGAUCGUAUUCCUUCCUUAAAGUUCGUCGUCAUUGGAUCUGAUGCUAGAAGUCUAUGGAAUUUGCCAUUCUAUAGAAUCAGAGACCAUUCUAUAGAAUCAGCGGUUUUCAUUCUAUAG